AUGGGGCUCAGCCACGGCGUUUUCAAGGGUAUCUUCAGAAGAGGGUACAAAAUACCCACUCCUAUUCAAAGAAAAUGCAUUCCUAAAAUUCUUGACGGAAAAGACGUCGUCGCAAUGGCCCGAACAGGUUCUGGAAAGACCGCUGCUUUUCUGAUUCCCAUCCUUGAAAGAUUGAAGAAACGAGAACAGCGAGGCCCACGAGUCGUCAUUCUUUCACCAACUCGUGAAUUGGCGAUUCAGACAGCGAAGUUUACCAACGAUUUGUCCAAGUUUUGCAACUUAUCCGUUGCGGUCAUUCUCGGAGGAGACAGUUUGGACAAUCAGUUCUCUCAACUGGAUCAAAACCCGGACAUCGUUAUUGCCACUCCCGGGCGAUUGCUGCAUUUGCUCGUAGAAAUGGACCGAAGACUGAAUUUUGUGAAAAUGGUGGUUUUUGACGAAGCGGAUCAAUUGUUCGAACUCGGCUUUGCUGAACAACUCAAUGAAAUUCUAGGACGACUGCCUGAAAGCAAACAGACACUUCUAUUUUCCGCGACGCUUCCAAACAAAAUCCUCGAAUUCGCGAAAGCAGGCCUUCGCGACCCGGAGCUAAUCCGUCUCGAUGUAGAACGCCGCCUCCCGGAAAACCUGCAACUUACGUUCUUCCACGCGCGACAUGAAGACAAAAUGGCAGCGCUCUUGCAUCUGAUGGGAAACGUCAUAAAAGCGGAUCAGAAAAUCGUCAUUUUCGUCGCCACCAAACAUCAUGUCGAGCUUGUCAAGUUGUUCUUGGAGCGAUACAAUUAUCAGCCGUGUUAUAUUUACAGCUCAAUGGAUCCCUUUGCUAGAAAGAUGAUGAUUUCAAGGUUCCGUCACGAAGACGAAGAUCCAGAGAAAACGACAAACAUUUUAAUCACAACCGACAUUGCCGCUCGAGGAAUCGACAUUCCUCUUUUGGACGCAGUUGUCAACUUUCAUUUCACUGCGAAAGCGAAGACAUUCAUCCACAGAGUUGGCCGUGUCGCGCGUGCUGGUCGACCUGGACACGCGUACAGCAUCGUUUCAAACGAAGAAAUGCCCUAUCUUCUCGACUUGCACGUCUUCCUCGGCCGAAGCCUUGGAUUUUGUAAGGACGGUGACACGACUUGGGACGGAAAAAUUGGCCGCUAUCCUCAAGUAGCAAUCGACGAAGAAGCGGAUUUAAUCUCCACAGCGGUCAAAGAAUCGGCAGAUAUUCAAAGCCAAAUGAAAUCGGCGGAAAAUGGCUACAGAGGCUUCAGAAGGCACAAAGAAAAGCCAAGCUCGGAGAGCUGCAAUAAAUUCAAAGAAAUCGACAUGAUGACUUGCGCAGUUCAUCCGAUCUUUGGCUCUGGCGCGGCAGAAAGACAGUCGAUUUUGGACAAGAUUGCGACGCUAAAACCUAAACAGACUAUUUUUGAAUACAGGGACAAGAAAUGCAAAGGAAAUGUCUCUGAAACAGCCUAUGCCGCGAAUGUGAUGCGAACUCUUCGCGAAAAGAACGCAGAACAGAUCGAAAAAUUCAAAAGCAUCAAACAGAAAAAGAUUUUAAACACACUGACGGCGGCUGAGAAGUCAGACGAUUACAUUCCGUAUGUGAGGGAAAGUGACGCAGCAGAUCAGCAUUUGGGAAUUAACGCCUUCCAGUCAGAAGCUGCUGAAGUUAUGCUCAAUAAACAACUAGAACCUGGCCAAAAGCCAAAAGUCGGGCGAGUAUGGGAUCGAAAGAAAAAGAAGUUUGUAACGAAUCAAAUCGAGCAAGAAAAGAAGAUCAAAACGGAAUCAGGAAAUUGGAUCAAGCAAAGCUUCAAAACCGGAAAAUACACAGAAUACCUCGAAAAAAGCAAAGCCGGCUUGCUUGACCAGGACUCUGGCGACGAAGAUGCUAAUAGGAAUCAUCAAAGCCAGAGUCGACAAAAUCGUCAGAACUUGACGAAUUUGAUCAACAGAAGAACGCGUGGAGGCGGAAAGAAGGCACAAGCGCGAGAACAGGGCGCGCUAAAACGACCGGAGCAGAUUUUGAAAGAACGAAAAGAACGAGAUCGCGAAAUGGCCAGACAGUCCGGAAGAGGAAAAGGCAAAAAGGGCAAGAAGAAGGCAAAGGAUGAGAAACCCUCGUUUCCGCGGUCGUAUUAUCUGAACCAAAUUGAAGAGCUCGAGAAUCAUCUCAGAGAGCUGGAAAAUAAACGCGACAGUGAGACCUUUCUGGUGCAGGAAAUCGAGGCGAAGUUUAAGCAAGAAAAGAAUCUCUCAAAUGACAUCGCAUCAUAUCUGCAACAUAUGAUCCGCGACAAAGACAUAGAAGUUGACAUCAUGACAGAGGAGAAAAACUCUGUGUUCGACGAAGCUCGGAUAAAUGAACUAAACGAUCAGCUGUCCCGAGAAGAGAUGAAGCAGAAGUCAGAAUUGGCCGAUUUGGACUUUGAAAAGUUGAAAAAACAGGGCGUGCUUCGCGAAAUGAGCGAAAUUUCAUACGACAAGAGGGUUUUGGAGAAGAAGAUUGCCGAUCAUGAAGCGCAACUUCAAGCAGACAAGAAGUCAUUCGCCGAGAAAUUAUACGACUUAGAAAAGGAAGCGAUUCAAAAACGCCAGGCGAACAAAUUCGAGAUGAUCAACCGGGUAAAAGAUCUGCACAAGGAAUUCGAGGAGCUGUCGAUCGAGCAAAUCGCCAUUCUCAACGAUGACGCGACCAAGAAGAACCAGUCUCUUGCCAGGCAUCUUGCCAUUUCGGACCAGUUAGCGAGCAAUGCGAUUGAAGACUUUAAAAAGCAGAGGAAGACCUUUCAGAACGCGAAAAUGGAGAUGAAGACGUUUGAAGAUCACAACGAAACUGGCGACGUUGUCGAUGGGACAAUCAUGGCGCUGAGAAAGGAAAACUCGGAAAAGGCGAAAAUCAUGCAGAAUCUUGUCAUUUCGUAUCGAGAAGUUGAGGAUGAGCUUGAUAGGAAAUCGGAUUAUUAA